GAUGAGGCUUUGUUUACAAUGGAAGACCCGGAACGGCGCGCUUUUUUCCCUAAACGCAAGCAACGCAAUCUACCCUUGGGAUGUGAUUUAGGAGGAUACGCACAGCUCGGCCAUGGAUAAAGGCAAAAAAAGGCGAAAAAGGCAAGCAGUAGUUGCAGGGGCCAAGGAGGUAAAGAAGCGGAAACUGGCUGUGGUGGAAGAGACGAAAGAUGGGCUAGUGUCACCGGAACCACCAUUGGCGGAGCCAGCAAAGACGUCGGAAAAUGGGCCGGAUAUCUCGAGCAUACGGAAAGAGAUUAACGAUUGGAUGGAGAAACAGGGAGAGUAUGAAAGGGCAGAUAUGGAUGAACUGCUCGAAGAGAGCAACCAAUCGUCAGACCACGAAGAGCCCGUAGAUGUUGAGCGUCUUCAGAAUAACAUAAGUGUACUCCUGCGCGACCACUCACAAACAACGGCACGGAAAAGCUUCAAGUUUGAGUGCGAGUGGUCCAAAUGCACGUUCAUGUCCGGCGAUGAUCGUAAGUACGUGCUGCAUGUGGAAUCGCACGCCGAAACGGUGAUGGGUUGUCAGACUGCAAGUUACGCCUGCGAAUGGGACCUGUGCGGUUUCGUGACCUCCGACGAUCACGAGUACACGGGCCAUGUACACUACCAUGCGUACCACACGAAGCUGAAGGUACACGGGGCCAGUGUGCAGAUGCUGGCGAAGCUGCCCAGCUGCAACAACGACAGCCGGGUGCGAAACACCAUCACCAACUUCCCGGUAACGUUCCGGUGCGAGUGGGACGUUUGCAAAGAGCGCUUCAGCAAGGCGUUGCACUUUUUCCACCACGUUAGCAACCACGUGUGUGACCAAUUCCCGACGGAUCGAAAGACGGUCCGCGAUGGAGUCCAGUGUCGCUGGUCGCUCUGUAGCAAAAGGUUCACCACGAGGUUUCACGCACUGUGGCACUCACGACUUCACACGACCGAGCGUGACAUUGCGUGCUUCACGUGCGGUACUAAAUUCUGGAAGCGCAUACACUUCGCGCACCAUGUCAUUCGUCAGCUUGAAAUGUCUCAACGCACGCACGAGUGCUCGAUAUGUGGCAAGCUGUAUGCCACGAAGUCGAUGCUGAACGCGCAUGUCGAUACGCACAACAAGCAGCACGAGUGUAUGCUAUGCCCGCUGAAGUUCACAAGCAAAUGUUCCCUGUCCAGCCACAUGCUCCGGAUGCACAUGAAGCAACGCAACUUCAAGUGCGGCCAGUGCGAGUAUGCCGCGUUCUCGAACCGCGAGCUGGUGAAGCAUAUGGGCACGCACGAUCGGACGAAGCUCUUUCGAUGCGAAGAGUUUGGAUGCAAUGUCGCGUACAGGAGCGAGCAGGCCAUAAAGAAGCACAUUGCCUGGCAUUACAACCUACCGCCGACGCUGUUCGGAUGCCACCUUUGUACCGACAAAACGUACAAAAACGCGCACCACUUAUCGAAGCAUUUGCGGUCGGUGCAUCAGGUGGAGCGAACUCCCGGUUACGGCAAGUUUAUGUACAGAGCCGACAGUGACGGUGUGCACCGGCUCUCCACGUACGUUGAACAGAAAUGCAACAGUAAAACGUCGGCUCCAUCGGUGGAUACGGCCGCGGACAACCAGGAAAGUGAAGCAACGGAAGCUGGCAAGAGCCGAAAGAAGGCGAAAUCGCCCAAGAAGCCUGCCGAGAAGACGGGUGCAACGGACUCGAAAAAAUCACCGCCCGAUGCAACGGCUUACGCGCCGAUCAAGGGAAGGCCCAAGAUUAAUUCUUUCAAGUCGAUCGGUGCGCAUGAAUUUUUAAUUGAGCUUAAUAUGGAACCGGAGCCGGCAGAGACGCAAUCGGUCGGAUUGGACGAUGUUUCGAAAAUGGAAGGAAAAGAUACAGCUACAGCUGCGAAGCGCAACUCGGAGACGGCGCGAGUAAAACGUAAAAGCGUCGAACAGACGGUGGUGAAGUUUGUUGGCUUACAGGAUGAAUCGUCGGUGGAGGACGCAGCAUCACCACCGUCGCCGCCACCGUCGGCGCAACAACAGCCGAAAGAUGUGAAGGAUUUCACGGUUAUGAAGCGUUACUUGAAAUUAAGCAAGAAGUCAGCUUAGGUUUAAAACUGAGCUUGGGUGUGUGUUAUAGAAAUAGAAGGCAUGGUUCAAUCGCGAUAAGAGAAUUUGUUGAAAGCAAUAUUACGCUCAUAUUUUUUGUAUUAUUAACAAAAGUCGAAAUGAAUUGAUUGUUCUGUUCCUUUAGUCGACAGAUGUUCAGACUAGUAAUAAAGAGUUUAGGACAUGCACUGUA